AUGGUCUUAGGUUAUGAUUUAAAGGUGUAUAAUGCCACUUCUGAAGCCCUUGUGACAAGGUUAGGAUGUCCACAAGUCUUGUUUCGGGUUCAACAAUGUGAUUUCAUUCAUGAUUUGAUCUGUUUACCGAUGACUAGUCUGGAUCUCAUUUUGGAAUUGGAUUGGUUGUCUAAAAAUCAUGUUUUGCUUGACUGUUCUGAGAAAUCGGUGUACUUUAUGUCGGAAGGAUCGGAAGGGCCGGUUGUGGCGAAUAGCUACUAUUUAAACUCUGUGGUAGUAAACUAUUCUGGAUAUGAAUGUCAGGGUGUUAUUCUAUUAAAUGCGGGUGUUUUGGGAGAUGAAAAAAGCUUGGAGCAAAUCCCAAUUGUUUGUGAAUUUCCUAAGGUGUUUUCGGAUGACAUUUAUGAAUUUCCACCUAAUCGAGAGGUUGAGUUUGCAAUUGAGUUGGUGCCUGGAGCGGGUCCAAUUUCAAGUGCUCCUUACAGGAUGUCAGUUUAA